AUGGCUACCUCACUGUUCGGUAAUGUUGGCCGAUCGGCCUCAAAGAAUUUGUUGGAAUUCAGGGCAGGAAAGAUGACUUUGAGCGGUACAACAGUAACAGCAGAUAAAAGAAAGGGACUUGUKUAUAUUUACCAGAGUGAUGACUCCUUAAUGCAUUUCUGUUGGAAGGAUAGRGGCAAUUCAAAAGUUGAAGACGACUUGAUUAUUUUUCCUGAUGACAUUGAGUACAAGCGUGUCAAACAGUGCAACACAGGACGUGUCUUCAUCCUUAAGUUUAAAUCAUCCUCAAGGAAGUUUUUCUUYUGGAUGCAAGAACCAAAGACUGACAAAGAUGAAGAAUACUGCACUAAAGUCAAUAACUUAUUGAAUAAUCCACCUACUCCAGGAUCUGGUGGUAACAGUGGCGGUGGUUUGUCCAGUAGUCUGGCAUCAAACCUUGAAGAACAUCUUGGUGACAGCCAGUUGCAAGGUCUUUUGGGGAAUAUGGAUCAGCAGCAAUUAUUGCAACUGUGGAGUGGUCUUGGKAUGGGUGGACUGGGAUCUAGUGUGACCCCACCCCCUGCUGCUGCCUCACCAACGCCAUCUAGGGUCCAGUCMUCCCCAGGACCAAGGAACACAGCCUCUACUACACCAGCAGAGACCCCAACACCACGUCCAGUUACAGCUGCCCCUGYUGCGCCACCACAGACACCUCCUCCAAGACAAGCUGUCCAGCUAAGUGACUUACAGAGCAUUUUGUCCAGUAUUCAAGUUCCUGGUCAACCAGAGGAUGCRGCCAGUAACAGUCAAGAAGCGAUUGAUCUUACUCGUGUUCUGACACCAGACGCCUUAGCUCCUCUACUAAGUAACCCUGAAUUCCGUGAGAGGCUGGCUCCAUUUCURCCUUCAGGCAGUGAUAUGCCUCAGCUUCCCAGUGAUGUGUCAUCUACUCUCUGGUCUCCACAGUUUCAACAGGCUGUUGGUAUGUUUAGUACAGCUUUGCAGUCAGGUCAGCUUGGUCCUUUGAUGAGCCAGUUUGGCUUUGGUCAAGAGGUUGUUGAUGCAGCUGCYAAAGGUGAUAUGGUAGAAUUUGUCCGUGCUCUUCAAGCUGCAUCAAAAUCAGAAAAACCAACUGAUGAUAAGAAAGAUGAAGAUAUGGCAUUAGACUAGACUAAGCCUUAUUGAAAUAUCAGCAAAAAUCUUGGAAAUCUUUCAUGUUUGUCCUUAAAAUGAGAAAACAAUAAAAGAAAAUACAGCAAAGUGGA